AUGGCGCACGGCAGGAUCUCCCGACUCUCGGUCCAUGACGUGCGCUUUCCUACGUCGCUAAGUGGUCACGGCUCCGACGCCAUGCACACAGACCCUGACUACUCGGCUGCCUAUGUCAUCAUAGAGACUGAUGCAGAAGAUGGACUCAAGGGCUAUGGCAUUACUUUCACUCUGGGGAAGGGCACUGAAGUUGUUGUCUGUGCUGUGAAUGCUCUUGCCCAACAAGUGCUUCACAAGGAUCUCAGUGACAUUGUUGGGGACUUCAGAGGCUUCUACAGACAGCUCACAAGUGAUGGGCAGCUCAGAUGGCUUGGUCCAGAGAAAGGUGUAGUGCAUCUGGCCACGGCAGCCAUUCUGAAUGCUGUGUGGGACCUGUGGGCAAAGCAGGAAGGAAAGCCUUUAUGGAAGCUACUUGUGGACAUGGAUCCACAGAUGCUGCUGUCCUGCAUUGAUUUCAGAUACAUCACUGACGUCUUGACAGAAAAGGAUGCCUAUGAAAUACUGAAGAAAGGUCAACUUGGUAAAAAAGAAAGAGAAGAACAAAUGCUGAGACAUGGUUACCCUGCCUACACCACAUCAUGUGCCUGGUUGGGGUACUCAGACAGUACACUGAAGCAGCUCUGUGCAGCAGCACUGAAAGACGGUUGGACCAGGUUUAAAGUAAAAGUUGGGGCUGAUCUGCAAGAUGACAUACGAAGAUGCCGUCUCCUGAGGGACAUGAUUGGACCAGAGAAGACUUUGAUGAUGGAUGCCAACCAGUGUUGGGAUGUGCCUGAGGCAGUGGAGUGGAUGGCAAAACUGGCUGAAUUCAAGCCAUUGUGGAUUGAGGAGCCCACAUCCCCUGAUGACAUCCUGGGACAUGCAGCUAUUUCCAAGGCAUUGGCCCCAUUAGGAAUUGGCGUUGCCACAGGAGAACAGUGCCACAAUAGAGUGAUAUUUAAGCAACUCCUACAAGCAAAUGCCCUGCAGUUUCUCCAGAUUGACAGCUGCAGACUAGGCAGUGUCAAUGAAAAUCUCUCAGUAUUACUGAUGGCGAAAAAGUUUGGAAUCCCUGUUUGCCCCCAUGCUGGUGGAGUUGGACUUUGUGAACUGGUACAGCACUUGAUUAUAUUUGACUACAUAUCAGUCUCUGCCAGUCUUCAAAACAGGAUGUGUGAGUAUGUUGACCACCUGCAUGAACAUUUUAAGUAUCCUGUGGUAAUCAAGCAUGCUUCCUAUCUGCCUCCCAAGGAUGCAGGCUACUCAACAGAAAUGAAGGAGGAAUCUGUAAAGAAACACCAAUACCCAGAUGGAGAAGUCUGGAAGAAACUCCUUGUUGCUCAAGAUUUAUGUGUUCAACCCUAACAUUUUUUUUCUGAAGUGGAAAUGGUUAAAAUUCUGGAAUUUUAUAAAAAUAGAAGAAAAAUCAAGUCUAGCUGCGGGCCAUACUCACCUUAGGAAUCAGCUGUCAUCAUGGUUGAUGGUCAACAUCAACUUUUUUUUUUAUUUAGUUAUAAAGCAAAUGAACCUAACCCAAAGCCUAGGAAGAUGAUCAAUCUCUGUCAAGUGCUAGAUAUUAACAUAUAAUUUGAAAACAAGCAAUGUUUCAUAAAUUUUUGUAAUAAUUCCUCAUUUUAACACUUUUCAUAAAUCAGAAUAAAACUGGUUCUACAUCCUGUGAGGGAUCUGAUAAAGCAACAACCAGGCUUCACUCAUUUGUCCUGAAAUGCUUUAACAUCCCAUCUGCUCUCAGUCUAAGCAUUUUAGGGAAU